CACGACGACAUUAAUCGACCGAUUGAUCUAUUGGACUGUUGAAACUGGUCUGGCCACCAGUUUGAUGGCCGUUAUAGUAGGCAGUGUUGCGAUGAAGAGUAGCUUUGUGUGGUUUGGAGCAUGGUUGAUAUUGCCAAAUGUUGUAGGGAGCUCCUUGUUAACAUCGCUUAACCGGCGGUUAUUAUUUCGAGAGACUCGGCGCGCCUCAAGAGGUGACGCUCAGAGUCAUAGUAAUAGUGCUAUAAACACCCUUGUGUUUAGAGCUGAAACUAGGCAAUCGCAAGCAUACAUAUCAGAGAACUCCAAGCACCUAAACGUUGAAGGAUUCCAAAAAGCAGAACGCGGGAUCGACCAGGAACACAGACGGGUCUCCAAGCCUACGGUGGUCCAUAUACAUGUUUAACCGAUGAUGAGUUGCUGCUGGCUAUGUACGAUGAGGUUAUUUGCUUUUGACACUUUGUAGGUUGUUAUUAAUAUUAGUCAUGG